AUGGAGUUCGCACUGAGGGAGGCCACGUCCGGUUCCAAGCGCGACCGUGAGGGUUCUGCGCUGUCUAGUUCUCACGGGGAGGUGUCGGCUCCAACUCACUCCGGUCCACGCCUAACUGCUCACGCUGAGAACUCGUCAACUGCAGGCGUAACUCUGGAGGAGGAUUCGGACGACGACGAUCCGAUCAUCCCGUCUUCCAAACGUCGGAGGAAGUCUCGUCCGACCGAUACUAAGCCUGCGGCCAAGUCUAAGGCUUCCAAUGCUAAAGAACGUGUACCGGCAGCCGAGCCGUCGUCUCUUCCAGCAGUUGUCGACUUGACUCUCGACCUGUCGGCAGUGCCCAGGUCGAGUCUUGGCGAGUCGUCUGCUGUUCGUCCGUCUUCUCCGCAUCCCUCGGACGCGUCGACUUCGUCAAUGCCCGGGUCGCCGACUCGUUCGCCAGAAGCGUCAGUGGCGUCGCCUGAGCACACCCAAGAAGCUGAAGGGUCAGACGCCGAGCAGGAGCUCGUGGUCCUGGACUACGACUCGCCGUACAAGGCGUCGGUCGUGAUUCAGCCUCGCAAGGAUGGGCGUCCUGUGCGCCCUGCAUCAACUGUAGCUUCACUACAGUCCAAGGUCACGGUUGAGAGCGAAAAGGCGCCAGAUGACGCCGUGCUUGGGUUGCAGAAGGCUUCAGUCCUGCCACCAGCGGAGAUUGACCUGACUGGGGCAGACACGGAUCAACAGUCUGGGAGUCGAGUUGUCCAAGGCUCGUCCAAGGGCAAGUCCAAGCUUACGGCUGUUCCAAGUGGCAAGCCGAAGCAGCGGAUGAAGGUCUCGGCUAAGGUGACGAAGACGCAGCUCAACCAGCUUCCUAAGGCUUCCGCUGCUGCUCCGAAGACUGGGCUGGUUCCGGUUCCUGAAUCAAAGGCUCUGUCGCGUCCCGACCAAGCAGCUGUCGCGACCAAGCGCGCGCAGGCGUCGGACCACGUGAUCCCUGAGACUCUGAGUUUGGAGGGGACUCUCUUGUCGGCACCAUUCGCGUCUCCUGGAGCAGAGCUCUGCUGGAAGAAGAUACUGGAGACUCGGUCCGGGCCUCCCGUCCCUAACAGUACUCUGAUUGAGUGCUCGGUUGACGGCAUCAAGGCAUUCGCUGACUGGACCAACCCCAAUCACCCGCACCAAGAGUUCUUGGCGCAGCUUCCUGAGUGGCCGUGUCUGUUCGACGCUUCGGAUUACAUGCCUGACGUCGUCAUCUCGAUUCGCGCAAGCGUCGAAGAGCUGGCAGUCAAGCUCUGGCGCCAGUUUUGCAGCCGCGCAUUCGGGGCGACCGAGAACUCCGACCUCGGUUUUGCUCUCUACGAACGUGAUCACUGGAUCGCCCCCGCUGCUGUGGAUCGAUGGCUCCGGCGUCUCGGCCGAAAACUCGGUAAGACCCACCCUGUGUACUGUUGUCAAGACUGA